AUGCACGACCUUAAACCUCUCCAGCUUCCCCAGCUUAUCGCUGCCCGCAAGUCUUCCAAAAGCUCACUCAACAUGUACGACGACCCGACUGCGUCCAUCUACUCCAAUGCCGACUCUGGUUUCUACUCGGCGUCCGAGUGCUCGACACCGCCCACGCCAAGUCAGUACACCCGGGGCCACUUUCGCUUUCCCAGCUCGGCUUCGUCAUUGUCGUCAAGCCCGCCAACCUACGAACCCACCGAGGCCCCUAACAGCUCAGGCAAGCUGCCCAAGCUUACCGAGGAACCUCUUGAGCGUGAAUACGACUAUGGCAGUGAGGACCCGUACCGCUGCUCUUGUGACGUCGGAGGCACCUACAGCCACGCGCAAGACUGCAGGAUAUCCCAAGCCUACGAGCCUCAGGACGAGUACUUCACCACUUGCGACUCGGAACUGCGAUUGGCCAAGCGCCGACGGUCCUUGGAGGCUUCCGCGCACAGCAUCGCCGGCAAGCUCGAGAGGCGCUUUCCCUCGUUGUCGCGCAGAGUGCGCGACCGUAGCUCGACCCUCAGCAGAGUUUCACGCAGCGCAACCCCCUCAAGGGUUCCUUCUACGCGAUCCUCGUCGCUCGCUGGUUCUAUCCACCAUGUCUCGACCGUCGAUCUUCCAGAAGACUACGCGUCGCCAACUUCUACGCCUGCCCUGGCAAGCAAGGAACAACUGAGCGAUGAUGCGCCUACGCCAAUGGCCAUCGACGUCAACAAGGCCAACGCCAUGGAGAUUGACCCUGAGGAGGUGGAACGGGAGCGCUAUGCCACGACGCCACUAUUACCGCCGCUGCUUGUGAACUGCCGGAACGAUGACCUACCAGCGUCGUCGCCACUGCAGUCGCCAGCAGUCGCAGACGCAGCCCAAUCUGUGGGCCCUACCCCGGCCGGCACCCCGCCAAUGCGCACAUACCCUACGCCCCCUCUGUCCUCAAAGACAUCCUUUGCCUCAAUCCGAGGACCGAAUGCCGGGUACAUGGUUCCCUCAUCCGACAUACCCCGUCUCAUGCUCGCCGACCCAAGGGACAAGUGGGCCAUGGAAUUGGGUCAUGCGAACUUCACCAUCCUACCCGAGCCCUACGUCCCUGAGGUAUGCACUGCCGCGUCCAUCGAAGAGCACCUUGCCGAAUGGGCGCAAGCACGGCGCAACUACGCGAAGCACCAAGUGCGAACCGCGGAACACUAUGGAGUGACAUCCAGGCACUACCUUCUUACCGAGCAAAAGUGGGCUGAAAUCGACGCCGAAUGGAAGAAGAACCACGAUCUGGCCAAGUCACAUGCGGCUGCCACCGGCCAGGAGCUCGCUCCCUAUUCACCCACGGAGCCAGGCCCUCUUAGCAAGAUGCCAACGCUGCACGACCCCAAGAGCGAGGGAAAAUUCCCCCAACUCGGCGAUGAAGACAUUGUCGGUCCCAUGCAACAGGCGGCCGCAUUACUCCCGAAAACGCCUUCGCGCAAGCGUGCCUUUUUCAAAUUCCUUAGCGACCUACGGUUCCCUGGUACCCUUCUCGGUCGUUCGUCGGGUGGCGUCCGGGGCCACUAA